UUCAUAUUUUCCCAAUUUCAAACUUCAACUGAAUGAUCCGUGAUAAAAUCCAUCAAUCCAUCCGAUAAUAAUAAUUGUUCGUUACGAUUUAUUUAGUAUUUAAGUGUUCAUCCAGUCGGUUAUUUUAUUUAAUUUAUAUUUUUUGUGCUGAAAAGCUUCUUCGGGACAACGAUAAUGGAGAAGCGAUCAUUUUUAAUUGGAAGGGAGUACAGCAUUGAUCCCCUCAAUCGUCCACAUCCGACCGAACGACGAAAUCUAUACCCUCUUGAUGAAGGUGAAGAGAAAUACAGUAGUACAGAGUCAGUAGCAUCGUCGAAUGCGUCGAACGACACCGCUUCAGUGUUCUUAAGAGUGCGACCAUCACAGUACGACAGUCACUAUAUGGUCGAGGACAAUGUUUUCAAAAUUUUAAAUUCGAACCGAUCGGUGGAAAAGCAGUUCACAUUUUCGGACGUGUAUCGGGCUGACGUGAAGCAGCGUGAUGUGUACAGUUCUAGUGUUGAAAGUGCUGUGGACAGUGACGAAAAUUUGACGUUGUUGAUGUAUGGUACGUCUGGGUCAGGUAAGACCUUCACGUUGAUCGGCGAUGCUGAUAAUCCGGGAGUGAUACCAAGAGCGAUCGAACACAUUUUCACCCGGUAUGGCGGAUCGAUCAGCACAUUGCCGAAGUUCAAGCCGGUCGGAGGUGAUUACAGGGUGCUGUCGGAUGAUGAAAUCGAUGUGGAGUUGAUUCGGCGACAGGUCUAUUUCAAAUUGAACAACGGUUCGAUUUUCUCCGGUGACCGCGAAAAAAUCCAGAGCGAGCACCAGUUUGUCCGGCUGAAACCCAGUAACACAUCCGUCUACAUUUGGAUCUCCUUUUUCGAGAUUUACAACGAGACAUUGAACGACCUACUCGAUAUUCCGGCAACGAAUGGUGGCACAAGGAAACGUGAUCACCUGAAAAUGAUGUGCAAUUCCGGGAAAACGUUCAUCAAAGAUCUGACGUCCGUAUUCGUAGGUAACAGCGACGAGGCAACGCAAUUGUUGACCUUGGGAUUGAAUUAUCGAUUAAAUGCCGCGACAAAUAUAAAUCAUUCGUCGAGCCGGUCGCAUUGCUUGUUUCUGAUCGAUGUCAUCAAACGCGAACAGACGAACAUCUACUACAAUCGCUUCCGAUUCUGUGAUUUGGCCGGUUCGGAACGGGUGAAAAAGAGCGAAACUAGUGGCUCUCGGCUGAAAGAAGCGCAAAACAUAAACACGUCGCUGCUCGUGCUGGGACGAUGUCUUGACAUUGCUUUUGCGAAUCAAGGAAAGAAGAAAAUUGAAAUAGUUCCGUGUCGCGACUCGAAAUUGACAUUGUUCCUGCAAUCAGCGCUCAAGGGCUUAGAGAAGCUAACGAUGAUCGUGAACAUAUGGCCCGUCCCUACAUAUUAUGAUGAGAAUCUGAACGUGCUAAAUUAUGCCUCAAUGGCCCAAAAUAUCGUUUACAGGCAAACUGUCCCAGUGCCCAGACAUUCCGUUUCCAGGCGAUAUUCGUUCUUCUUGGGAGUGCAGCCGAAGGAAGAUUCUAACCUUUCGAUAAUUUUGGAUGAGAAUUACAGACUGAAGGAAAUCAAUGAAGAGCUUGCUGAUGAAAACGAUCGGUUGGUUUCGAUGGUCGACGAGUUAGAAGAACGGAACGAAGAGCUUAUGAAGACGAACGAAACAAUUGAGCGCGAGGUGAGGAAGGAAAUGACUGAGAAUAUGAUGAAAGAACUCAAACGGAAGGCACAGUCAGUCGAAGCAACCUUACAGGGCAGAAUAAACUUUUUGACGAAAAGGCAUGCAGACGAUAUAGCCGAGCUACAACAGAAGAUAGCGAAGCUGCAACGGACGAUCGACGAGCAAGAUGAUGAUAACAAUCGUCUGUACGAUGAACUGAGAAAAUUUAAAAAGGAGGCCGGUGUCGAAGACGCUUCCGAUGAAUCUAUUAACGGACACAAUGAUUCCGAUACUAUAACGAUUGAUUAAUUGCUCUGUAAACGGUGACGGUCAGCGACUGUAACUGUUGAUUCAAAUCGAAAUAAAACUUUGUACAAAUUUCAUUCCAA